AUGCUUGGGAGCCCUAAAGGUGAGGACGAUAACAAAAUAAGGAAGGAUGAGAAAGACGUUGAAGGCUCAAAUCUCACUUAUGUGGCCGGUGUGUUGCUGCCUUUUUACAAUAGGGAUGACGUGUGCGUGCCGGAAUAUAUUAAGGGGAACCCAUAUAUUUUUACGGGAUAUCGAGCCCGCUAUACAACCAGUAUGUGCUUUCGAAGCCUCUUUGCACUUCACAACGAGACCAUCAACGUCUGGUCACAUGGUGUGGGUCUGAUCUUAUUUGGGGUGUUAUCGAUUGUGGUUUUUGAUGCCUUAUUAUUUACCCAUGCGGAAUUUGCGCAUUAUUUUAUCUACGGAACCUUCUGCUUUGCCUGUAUGAUGUGCAUGGGAUGCAGCAGCAUCUAUCACUUGUUUUUGGGCCACGAAAAUUCAUUGCUGUCGUCAUUAAUGGAGCAGCUUGACUAUUAUGGUAUUAGCGUGCUUAUCGUGGCAAGUUUUCUUCCACCUCUCUACAUUGGCUUUUAUUGCGAGCCAUUGUUUCAGGCGCUUUACAUGGGAUGCGCGUGCGUCUUUGGCGGGCUGUGCCUGGCGAUGGCCGCGUUGCCUUCUUUGCGCGAUGCGAAAUUUCACUGGUUACGGAUUAUGACUUACGUUGCAACGGUGAUGUGUGGAUUGGUGCCAACUGUACACUAUGUUUUUUCUACGCCCCAUAAUGCGGAAACGAUGCAGACGUUUGUGGGCGUAUUUCUCAUGUUUCUUUUUUACGGGAUGGGGGUGCUUUUCUACUGUCUGCGGAUUCCCGAGCGUUUUUACCCUGGCGAGUUUGAUUUUUUUCUUAACAGCCAUCAAAUAUGGCAUGUGUUUGUUCUUGUGGCGGCGUGCGUUCAUUUUUUUACAUGCAUAUCUAUUUAUCAAAAGUGGGUGCUGAGCAGAGGUGCCUGUUAA